AUCCGGGUGCAGUGUGCAGAAGCCGCGCUGCAUUCCCCCACUCGCCGCUCACAACCGUGCAGUGGUGCUGGUGCCUUACCGCGCAUGCCACGUGGCCAAGUACCAUUCGUGGAUGCAGGACCCGUGGCUGCAGGAGGCGACAGGAUCGGAGCCGCUGAGCCUAGAGGAGGAGUACAGCAUGCAGCAGCGCUGGCGAGACGACAGCGACAGGUGCACCUUCAUACUGCUAGACCGUUCACACAUACCGGUCCUAGCCAACACCUCCGGGGAGCUGCCUGGAGCUACCACGGACCCAUCUUUGGGUGCACCACCAGAGACAGCAGCAGCAGUGCCAGCAGCGGCAGCAGCGGCAGUAGAAGGCGCGGCAGCAGCAGAGGGCGACGCAGUAGGCUGCCUUCGCCACUCGCCCUCCCACCUUGACGGCAUGUGUGGCGACGUGAACCUCUUCCUCAACGACCCUGACCAUCCCACGGCUGCUGAGGUGGAGGUCAUGAUUGCCGACCCCACGUGUCGAGGGCGGGGCUUGGGGAGGGAGGCUUUGCAGCUGAUGCUGGCAUACGCGGCGUGGCACCUGCACGUCACCACGUUCCGCGCCAAGAUCAACGACUCCAAUGCGCCCUCCCUCGCACUCUUCCGCUCCCUCGGCUUUGUGCAGACAGGGCAUAGCCAGGUGUUUCAGCAG